AUGAGCCUCAGUAACCCGCCGCACUCCGCCGGCGGAGGUUCGUUGUCUGAUGCGGCGUCUGCAAGAUCGACCCACGCUUCCAGAUCUUCGGCCGGUGCGUUGAAUAAUAAUAACAAUGGCAAUCCCUCACUGGGCUUGAAGAGGAGUGUGCAAGCAGCUUUUGAUGAUACGCUGGAGCCAAAAAAGUCGCCUGGGGUUGGUUAUGCUAGCAAAGUUCACAUUCGGGAGAAGUACCACAUCGUCGGAUUCAUCAGCAGUGGCACCUAUGGACGAGUUUACAAGGCCAUCGGUAGAAAUGGUCAGAAGCGGGAGUUUGCCAUUAAAAAGUUCAAACCCGACAAGGAAGGGGAAAUAAUACAGUAUACGGGCCUAUCUCAGUCAGCGAUUCGAGAAAUGGCACUAUGUUCUGAGUUAUCGCAUGCGAAUGUUGUUCAUCUAGAAGAGAUAAUUCUCGAAGACAAAUGUAUCUUCAUGGUCUUUGAAUAUACAGAACACGAUCUCCUACAGAUUAUCCACCACCACACACAACCUCAACGACAUCCCAUACCUGCUCCUAUGGUAAAAUCGAUAUUAUUCCAACUUCUGAACGGGCUGCUGUAUCUCCAUAGUAAUUGGGUUUUGCACCGAGAUCUUAAACCUGCAAAUAUUCUAGUUACAUCGACUGGCGCGGUCCGUAUUGGCGAUCUCGGUCUUGCGCGUCUAUUUUACAAACCUCUCAAUUCCCUCUUCUCCGGCGACAAAGUUGUUGUGACAAUCUGGUACCGGGCGCCUGAAUUAUUACUUGGGAGCCGACAUUAUACGCCUGCUAUCGACCUCUGGGCAGUUGGCUGCAUAUUUGCGGAAUUACUCUCACUGCGCCCUAUAUUUAAAGGAGAAGAAGCCAAGAUGGACAGCAAAAAAACGGUACCCUUUCAGCGUAAUCAAAUGCUCAAGAUCAUUGAAAUUCUGGGAAUACCAAGCAAGGAAGCCUGGCCCGGUCUUACCUCAAUGCCAGAGUACGCGCAGCUUCAGACAUUAGUUUUAUCACGUGGCGGCGGCCACCUGAGCAAGCUAUCAAACUUGGAGGCGUGGUAUCAUGCGUGUGUCAAGGCCGCGGGAUAUCCAUCAUCUCCAUCCGGGUCUCCUGGAAGGGAAGGGUUUGACCUUCUUUCCCGCCUUUUAGAAUACGAUCCCAAGAAGCGCCUAACCGCCGAAGAGGCGCUGAAACAUCCAUAUUUCUCGAUUGGUACCCCCGUGACCGCGAAUUGCUUUGAGGGUUUCGCAGGGAAAUAUCCGAACCGACGAGUUAGCCAGGAUGACAAUGAUAUCCGGACAAGCAGUUUGCCGGGUACGAAAAGGAGUGGGCUCCCGGAUGAUACCUUGACUUCCAGAGCAGCAAAACGACAUAAAGAAGGAUAA